CCUGGGAGGAAAUCGGGAUCGGGCCAUUCUCUUUAGUGUUUGCCUUGUCUACCUUCUUUCCACAACAUCACGGCCAGAAUUUUGUACACAAAAUUCCACAGGUCAUUUCGUUUCAACAAGACCUAACAAAACAGCACAACAUUACGCCGGCCACACCGCCUAUGGAUUAACCAAGAAGUCUACGAGCAAAGAGCCGAGAGCCUUGCAGUUAGAGCUGCACGAACAACAACAACACAACAUUCUGCUCGUCACUACCCUCCAGGAACUCCACUCCUAAAUCAAUCCUUGUGUAACUCAAUCGACCCAGCCCAACAGUGAGGAUGUCCCAGAUCCAGUAUCAGUGUCUGGGGAACCCCAUGCCCACCACUGCUGCUGCUGCUGCUGUCACCCCAUUACACCUGGCCCCGCCCAUGCCUGGAUACAGCAUCCCCUGUGCUUCCGCCACCCUGCCCGCUGAGAACGCAAGCCAGCCAGGCCGCAGCUCCUCCCUCCCUUCAGGCUCCGUCACUCCCUUCGCCCCCACCACAGAAUCUAACAUGGCAAACCCUAAAGAGAAGACCCCCAUGUGUUUGGUGAAUGAGCUGGCCCGUUUCAAUAAAAUCCAACCCGAAUACAAGCUGCUUUGUGAGCAAGGCCCGGCUCACUCCAAGAUCUUUUCAGUGAGACUCACGCUAGGCGAUCAGCACUGGGAGGCAGAGGGCACCAGCAUCAAGAAAGCCCAGCACACAGCUGCUGCGACCGCCCUGGCUGAGACCACGCUGCCAAGGCCCACGCUGAGAUCACCCCGCAACACAGAAGAGUGCACCACGCACACCAUGGAGCUGAACGCCUUGUGUAUGAAGCUGGGGAAGAAGCCCCUGUACAAGCCCAUCGACGCAUACAUGGGGAUGCGACCGCCAAACUUCAACUGCAACGUCCGAGGCCCCGGGCCCUACCAGCGCUCUAUGCAACAGUAUUACUACCCGUUCCCGCCGGUGGGGCCCUUCCUGUACCACAUGGAGCUGUCUAUAGGGGGCCAGCAGUUCCACGGCAAGGGGCGCACGCGGCAGCUGGCCAAACACGACGCGGCCGCCCGGGCGCUCAAGGUGCUGGAGAACGAGCCCAUGCUCCAACAGCCGCCCGUGAUGAACGGCGACGGCGAGGAGGAGAACCUCAACAAGUCCGAAAUCAGCCAAGUCUUUGAAAUUGCACUCAAGAGGAAUCUUCCCGUCAACUUUGAGGUGUUGCAGGAAGCCGGCCCGCCCCACAUGAAGAGCUUCGCCGUGCGGGUGGUGGUGGGCGAGUUCGCCGGGGAAGGGGAGGGCAAGAGCAAGAAGAUCGCCAAGAAGCUGGCGGCGGCCAUGGUGCUGGAGGAGCUGAGGAAGCUGCCCCACGUCCCCGGCGUGGAGAAGAUGCUGCCGCACAUUAAAAAGAAACCCAAGUCCAUCGUCAAGCUGCAGACCAGCCCGGAGUACGGCCAGGGCAUGAACCCCAUCAGCCGGCUGGCCCAGAUCCAGCAGGCCAAGAAGGAGAAGGAGCCGGAGUACGGGCUUCUGACGGAGAGGGGGCUGCCGCGCCGCAGGGAGUUCGUCAUCCAGGUGAGCGUGUGCGGCCAGUGCGCGGAGGGCCUGGGUCCGAGCAAGAAGGUGGCCAAGAGGAACGCGGCGGAGACCAUGCUGGAGCUGCUGGGUUACAAAGUGCCCCAGCCCCUGCCCCCCAAGCCGGCUCUGAAGACAGACGAGAAGGCCCCGCUAAAGAAACCCGGAGAGCAGGAGAGACGCAAAGUGACCUUCUUUGAGCCGGGUUCGGUGGACGACGGGACGUUGGCCUGCAAGGACGACGACUACCGCCUGCCUUACCUCAGCAACCAGCAGCUCCCCGCGGGCAUCCUCCCCAUGAUGCCCGAGGUGGCCCAGGCCGUGGGCGCCUGCCAGGGGCCCCACGCCAGGGACUACGGCCGCCACGCCGCCGCCCCCAACCCCGCCAUGACCACCGUCACUGCCAUGAUCGCCAACGAGCUGCUGUACACGGGCGUGUCGCUCACCGCCCAGACCGUCCUGGCCAACGCCCCCCACAGCAACAACAACAACAACGGCAGCCUGAGCCAGCCGGCCCCCGGGCCCCUGGCCAGACCCUCGGAGCAGCUCAGCUACCUGGCCGCGGUGCAGGGGCUACAGGUGGAGUACAAGGACUUCCCCAAGAAUAAUAAGAACGAGUUUGUGUCGCUGAUCAACUGCUCCUCCGUGCCGCCCCUCCUCAGCCACGGCAUCGGGAAGGAAGUGAGCUUCUGCCACGACAUGGCGGCGCGGAACAUCCUCAAGCUACUCUCAGAGGCUGACCAGCAGUCCAGCGACCGCCCUGGCAACGGACCGACCUCUGGGUCUGGCAAGCAGGAGAUGGAGGCAGAGUCGCUGCUGCAGCAGGCGAACCCCAGCCCCAUGGCACAGGCGGUGGACGGCAGCGCGUAGGCGACCACCGCGGCGCCCCGGUCGGCUCGCGGGGCUCGACAGCGGAUUGACACUGUGUUUUUAGGCCCUUUUGUAGAGGAACUAAAACCUUCACACGGGAGACGACAUAGGCUCGGGGAAACGAACGUCGUUCACGGUCCCGUCGUUCCACAUAAAAAAAAACGAAACGUUCGGUAAAACAAGAUUGAUAGAAAACGGGAUGUUGCUUCCUACUCCCUUGACGAUGUUUUAUUGUACACCUUAUUUAUUCUUUUGUUUUUUUUCCUUUCAAUGCUUUGUGGAAGAGAAAAUAACUGCUGCCUCCCCCCCAGUCGAAGAAAUGGGCAUUUGCUUUCCUGAACUAGAAUGAGAUAUUUUACUGUGAAGAAAAAAGGUGGCUCUUUUCUCGUGGUUGCUUUGAACUAGAAGUUGUUUUGUUACCUAACCCACCGGGAACGUCUUUUCUCUGGCCGUUAUUUUUCAAGUGUGUCACGUUGUUAACGCUCCCCCCCCCCCCCCCCCCCCCCCGGAGAGAUGUGUUCCCCGGACCUCUAGGCGGCAGCUAGGGGGAACAAACGCCUCAUGUUUCGGUUUCGCCCCCUUUGUUUUGUUUCCAGGGUGCCCUGCCCCCCGCCAAUCGAGUGUUUAUCCUCAUGUCCAUGUAGGGCGUCCGUCUCCCCCCGGGUGGGUUGUCGUGACUCAAUGUAGCGUGUGCGUGACGUAACGUGACUGCCUCCCCCUCUGUACCUCUCCGCCGUGUGUGGUGGCCCAGUAUUAAGCCCCGUUUCCUUCCCUCCCUCCCUCCCUCCCUCCCUCCCUCAUUUUGUUACCUCCCCCCUCCCUCUCCCCUACACUUCCACUGUAAGUAAACCUGUGCGCUCUGCACACCAAACACACAUGGCUGGUCUUGUCGUUACUUGGUGUGGAGUUGGAAGGCGGUGCCGUGUAACACUGGAGGAGUGUUUGCUGGUUUGAUAAAAGGAAAAACACAUUUUUGGUGAUAGAUAUUUUAUUUCAUUUCCAUUUUCGGACAUUUUAAUAACGUCAAUCUGGAUGAUUUAUUUUUAACCAAAAGCCCCACUUGGGACAAAUGUCGUCAAUUAUCUUUGGCUAGACACACUAUGAUACAAACACCGGAUGACUGUCUCACGCUUGUCUAUGUUUCUGUAUUUGUCCCCAUUCAAAUAUAAAUAAUAAUAAUGUAGACGUUAAGGGAGUGAAGGCUACUCCUGCAAACACAAUGAUGGGUAACAAAGAGAUUUGAAUAUGGGCGGUACAGUCGUGGUGCGUGUUUAAGCUUAUGGCUCCUUGGCUGAGCAGCCCUAGCAGCACGAACCGCUGACCUGCUCAUGUUUCAACUGGUCUUGGCAACUUUUCUUUUUUCUUUCUUUCUUAUACCUCCCUUUUAUAUAUAUUUAAUAUACAUAAACCUCCUUCAUCCUUACAUACUCAUCCUUCACAUAC